AUGGACGAUGCUCAAGACGUUGUCGUCCCCCUGCAGUCUGCCAGCACCCGCCCCGCUCCUCUUCGUGGUGGCGCGAGUAGAAAAAGUAUUCGAGGGGUGGCGGUAGCGCCCCAUUUGGGGGCCACACCCAAGAGAGGGAGCAGCGUAUUGCACAACGUCCACGGCCGGGCAUUGCCUGCGAUAAACAUCAAUACUUCUCCUCCAAUCGAUGCUCUCUCGAUCGAUACCGAUGGUAAAGCAGCAUCUCCGGCUCGAGCGGGUUCGCGGAAGACCCUCCGACGCAGCAGCAGCUUCUCGCAGGCCAUUCGCGAGCUCUCGACGGACCAUUUGCGGACGCUCGACAGCAUCGACAUCUUGACCCGGAACAGCGAGCAAUCGCAGAAUGAAGUAUCUACCAGCCCCCAGCGCUCACCCCGAGCAGGUUCCAAGGUCUUGCCUCGUCGACGAAGCUACGUGCUGCACAACGACAACGACAAGAAGGCGGUGCCCCAAGGAAAAUUGCUACGCCAGAGCAGUUUGCUCAAGAACCUUCGAGAGAUGGCAACGGUCGUUCCCAAGCCCCCCGGGACUAUUGAAGGCUCUCCAGAGAAGAAAACACCAAAAGAUCCCGCUCAACCAGCAGCGAAUCCCAACAAAACACCGUCAGCAGAGAAACGUGAGGCGUUUAUCAUUGUUCCACCGGAGAUCGAGCGACAGCCUACGUUUGGCCACGUGAUUCUAACCGAGUGUAUGCCUCUGCAACCCGCGCAGAAGGGAGCGCUGGCGAAUUACGUUUUCUGGAUACGACACACGAUCAUGGGGACGAUUCUCGUGUUUUGUGCCAUGGUGCAGGCGAAAGUGUGGAUCCCAGACAUGGCUUUGUCAGUAAAGCAAGUGCUGGCCGUGGCGCUUGGGACCGCGGUCGUGUACACGGCGAUCAACGUGGUGAUCGCCGACUUGUGGGUGUUCCCGAUCCCGUUUCUGGUCGUCGCUGGAGCUCCGUUGAUGUUUAGUCUAUGGGCGAUUGGCAGUCGCAUCGUGCUGGGGCCUCAUCCAUUGGAAGGCGUGAAAGAUGGACAGUUCCGAGGACGUCGAGUCUUGCUACUAACCGCUGUGCACGCGUCAUUGUUGGGCAUCUAUCCAGCGUACCAAGCGUUGUUUCUCGAAGUGGAUGGAGACAGUUUACCCGAAGUUGUUAUCCUCAGCGUCGACGUCUUCAACGCGAUCUACUCGGUGCUCUGUAUGCACAGCGCCAACUCGAUCAAGAUGGUGGCGGUGACGCUGGUUCUCAACGCUCUGGUCAUGAUGCUGUCGCUGCACGGUAUGAACCGCCGGUCUCGGUACGUUGGUGGCGACAACCCUCAGAAUGCUCAGGCACCGGGCCAACUGGACUCCCAAGAACUGAGCACCAUUCGACUGCUGUCCGGCAUGCCACAAGAGCUCUCCAAGGCAAACGCCGCCUUGCUAGACUCAUUAGGAGUGCGAAGUGUGUACAACAACAGCCGCCGAACUACAGUGUCGACUUCAGUGUCCGCGAUCAAGUCUCGCUUCUCGUCGGCAGCUAUGGAGGGCCGUUUACUCAGCGUCUCGCACUUCUCCUCGCCCUCCCCACCCACGUCGAUACUGGCGAAGAGAUUGCGUAGAGCGGUGCUGGUCGUUCCUGCCAGUAUGUGGCUCAACUCACGCGUCAGUUCGCGUACAAACAGCGCCGAGAACGGAAUGUUCAACCACCGCGACAAUCACAGCAGAAGCACAGAGUCGGAGGAAUCGGAGGCUGAUAAGUUCUCACGACGGCCAUCCACAGAUUCAUCCGAGACUGCAAUGCUCCAGGUCCCGACACUGUUCGCUCCACGGAUUUCUCAGCUUAUCCACGCCACUUCGCACUCGACGAUCCAGCCGAUAUCCUCGCCAAGACUGUCACGUCCCCCAGUUCCUUCGCUUUGGCAAGAAACUUCGGAUAAAUUGAUCCCUCUCGUGUCGAAGAGCAACCCUGUCAUCGGUAAUGUCGUGGAAGAGACUCGAAAGCAGAACACUCGAGCCGUCAAGCAGACGCUGCAGCUGCUCUUCAACAACGAAUACCUCGGGCUUACUGCCUAUACGCAGUGCAUUAUCCCCCUCAUCUAUCUGCUCUACAUGCCCGUGCUGCAGGCCUUGCCCAAUCACAUUUACUACCCGACCCACUACCGCUACUUUGGAGUGAAGACCGAAUUUGAUGAGCGGAUGACUGUCAUUGGGAGUUUGACUGGGCUUCAGCUGAUGGUUCUCGUGGCGCUGCAAGUGUUUGUGGUGAAGCGCUUCGGUGUCUCGACGAUUUACCAGGUGGCGUUCGUGCUGGAGACGCACUUCACGCUGCUCCAGGGUCGGCUCUUGAUGUGGCUUAUCUUUGCGGUGCAGUCGACGCUCAUGCAUUAUGGCGUCGACUUCAGCUUUCGAUUUGAGUGGGUGCACGAGCCGACACUCGGGAACUAG